AUGAUCAGGAUCAGCUUACUAUUAAUGGUGGCCGGUUGUUUCCUGCCUGAAGGAUAUGCUUCCAUAGCGCCAUUCGCUUGUAUUCCUGGUGAUUCUGCGUGUUUCAUCAAAGCGAACACGCGCGUUGCGCUUUCCUAUUUGGGCGAUGGCAUCCCCGAGCUCGGCGUCGAUUCCUUAGAACCAAUGUACUUGAGAAAUAUCACCAUGGAUCAAGGACAUUUCAAAUUGGUCUUCCCGAAUAUGAAGUUAGCUGGUGCUAAAAACUGCAAAAUCGAAGAUAUACAGUUAAGUUUUGCGCAGUCUACUAUUUCGGUAACAUAUGACUGUCCGUUCGAAGCUACUGGGAAAUACAAAUUCAGUGGGAAAAUGUUCUUCUUCGACGUCAACCACUCUGGAGAUUAUGUUGUUAAAUCAGAUAGAUUCAAAACAACAAUCAUAUCAAAGAUCGAUACAAUCUACGGGCCUGAUGGCAACCGAUAUUGGAACUUAGUCGCUUCGAACUAUUUCUUUGAGCCCGUGGAACCGCUUCACAUCGACCUCGGCAGAUUAUUCGUUGGCGAAAUAACUAAAGAAUCUCCGUUCUACACCGUCACAAGCAAUAGAUGGUGGCCAGCGGUGGCAAAGAUAUCUGAACCAACUUUAACCGCAGCAGUUGAACGUUUCCAUAACGUUCUCAAGUCGUUUUUCCUGCGCAUGCCACUAGAAGAACUUUCUAAGUAA